AGAUAUCUGCUCUUCUCAUCAUCUCCAGAUGAAACUGUCUGGUUCUCACUAUGUAGCCUAUGCUAGCCUGGACUUGCUAUAUCGACAAGGAUGGACUCUUUGUGCAUGUGCCUUUACUUUCCAUGCUGUAUCUGUCUCUUGUUCACCAAGUCAGAUCACAAUGUUGGUGAGAGUGAAGAUUCAGCCUAUACAUUAGACUGUGUUUUUAUUAUGCUUAUUGUAUUCCCUCAUUCCAGGUUCACCAUCAUGGACCCUCUGCUGGAAGCAAAUGCUACUUUUGCCUUAAAGCUUUUUAGAGUAUUGGGCGAGGACAGCUCAAAAAAUGUAUUUUUCUCACCCUCGAACAUGUUUUCAUCUCUGGCUAUGAUCUUAAUGGGAGCAAACGGAAACACUGCAAGCCAGAUACGUCAGGUACUUUCUUUAGAUAAAUGCAGCAAUGAAGGUACAGAUGUCCAGGAGGGCUUCCAGUCACUUCUCACUGAAGUGAACCAGACUGACAUAGGGCACAUGCUCAGAAGAGCCAACAAGGUCUUUGGUGAUAACAAUUUUGACAUCAUGGAAUCUUUUAAAGAGUUCUGCUACAAGUUAUACAAAGUAGAGAUAGAAAAGUUGGACUUUAAGGGUAAUCCGGAGCAGUGCCGACAGCACAUCAACGCCUGGGUAGCCAAACAGACGAAAGAUGCAAUCAGAGAGUUGCUGUCUUCACAUACAGUGAAUUCAAACACUAGGCUGAUCCUUGUGAAUGCCACCUACUUCAAAGGAAACUGGGAGAAGCCAUUUAACAAAGAGGACACCAGGGAGAUGCCUUUCAAAGUCAACAAUAAUGAGAAGAAAACAGUUCAAAUGAUGGUUAAAAAGUCUACCUUCAAAACUUACUAUGUGGAAGAGAUAUCUACUACUCUUUUAUGGCUUCCUUAUACUGUCAAUGAGCUUACAAUGAUCAUCAUGCUUCCCGAUGAACACGUUGAACUGAGUGCGGUGGAAAAUCAACUAUCUUACAAGAAACUUAUUCAGUGGACGAGGCUUGUCAAGGUGAAUGAAGAAGAGGUGGAGGUUUUCCUCCCACGGUUUAAGCUGGAGGAGACCUAUGACAUGAAGGAUGUCCUCUGCAAGCUGGGUAUGACUGAUGCCUUUGAGAAGAGCAAAGCAGACUUUUCUGGAAUAUCUUCCAAGCAAGGCCUAUUUCUGUCCAAUAUGGUACACAAAAGUUUUGUGGAAGUCAAUGAAGAAGACACAGAGGCUGCAGUUGCCACUGAAAUAGUCACGGUGGGGUCACCACUGACUCUGCGGAUCAUACUUGUUGACCACCCAUUCCUUUUCCUCAUUCAACUUGCUAAAAGCAGAGAGAUUCUGUUCCUUGGCCGGUACUCCAGUCCCUGAGGAAAGGGUGUUCCUGUCAGUAUUUUACUCACUCUCCAUGGUUUGCCUUUGACCCAAGUGACCUUAUCCAUAAAUACAAUGACAGUUAUGAAAUAAAGGUUUAUGGCACUCCA